UGCUCUGCUCCUCCUCUUCGCGCGGUUCCCCAUUUCCGCUUCCGGUGCGGGCAGCGCGCGAGCGCAGCAGUGGGAGGCGGCGACCAGCCGGUUGAGGCCCCCGGCUUGGCCUCAUCACAAUGUGGCACGAAGCUCGGAAACAUGAGCGGAAGCUUCGAGGCAUGAUGGUGGACUAUAAGAAGAGGGCAGAGCGGCGGCGGGAGUACUAUGAGAAGAUCAAGAAGGACCCAGCCCAGUUCCUGCAGGUACAUGGCCGAGCUUGCAAGGUGCACCUGGAUUCUGCUGUCGCUCUGGCUGCUGAGAGCCCUGUUAACAUGAUGCCCUGGCAGGGGGACACCAGCAAUAUGAUCGACCGCUUCGAUGUACGCGCCCACCUAGAUCACAUCCCUGACUACACACCCCCGCUGCUCACCGCCAUCUCCCCAGAACAGGAGUCAGACGAACGGAAAUGCAACUACGAGCGCUACCGAGGCUUGGUGCAGAACGACUUUGCCGGCAUCUCAGAAGAGCAGUGCCUAUACCAGAUCUACAUUGACGAGUUGUAUGGAGGCCUCCAGAGACCCAGUGAGGAUGAGAAGAAGAAGUUGGCAGAGAAGAAGGCUUCCAUUGGUUACACCUAUGAGGACAGCACGGUGGCGGAGGUAGAGAAGGUGGCAGAGAAGCCGGAGGAGGAGGAGUCACCGGCAGAGGAGGAGAGCAAUUCGGAUGAAGAUGAGGUCAUCCCCGACAUCGAUGUGGAGGUGGAUGUGGAUGAGCUGAACCAGGAGCAGGUGGCUGAUCUCAACAAACAGGCCACGACCUACGGCAUGGCGGAUGGUGACUUUGUCAGGAUGCUUCGGAAGGACAAGGAGGAGGCAGAGGCCAUCAAACACGCCAAGGCCCUGGAGGAGGAGAAAGCCAUGUACUCGGGCCGUCGCUCUCGCCGCCAGCGGAGAGAGUUCCGGGAGAAGCGGCUGAGGGGCCGCAAGAUCAGCCCACCCAGCUAUGCCCGCCGAGACAGCCCCACCUAUGACCCCUAUAAGAGGUCACCUUCGGAAUCCAGCUCUGAGUCCCGCUCCCGCUCCCGCUCACCAAGCCCAGGUCGUGAGGAGAAGAUCACCUUCAUCACCAGUUUUGGGGGCAGCGAUGAGGAGGCAGCUGCAGCUGCUGCGGCCGCUGCAUCAGGGGCCGCCACAGGGAAGCCCCCCGCACCCCCCCAGGCUGGCGGCCCCGCACCGGGACGCCGCCAUGCCCGCUCCCGCUCCUGGUCACGCUCCCGCUCCCGCUCCCGGCGCUACUCACGGUCCCGCAGCCAAGGCCGGCGGCACUCAGGCGGGGGUUCCCGCGAUGGACACCGCUACUCACGGUCGCCUGCCCGGCGCGGAGGUUAUGGGCUUCGUCGCAGAAGCAGGUGCGUGCUUAAGGAGGCCCGGCUGUUGGCCUUACUCGGGAACCGUAGCCGCAGCCCCAGCCAGAGCCGGAGUCGCAGUCGCAGCCAUAGCCGCAGCCACAGCCGCAGUCACAGUCACAGCCGCAGCCGUAGCCAUAGUCAGAGCCACUCACCGUCGCCCCCAAGGGAGAAGCCGGCCAGGCCAGCAGCAUCCCCUGCCGUGGGCGAGAAGCUGAAAAAGACCGAACCUGCCGCUGGUAAAGAGACAGGAGCUGCCAAACCCAAGCUGACGCCACAAGAGAGGCUAAAGCUGAGGAUGCAGAAGGCGCUGAACAGGCAGUUCAAGGCGGAUAAGAAAGCGGCUCAGGAGAAGAUGAUACAGCAGGAACAUGAGCGGCAGGAGCGGGAAGACGAGCUUCGAGCCAUGGCCCGCAAGAUCCGGAUGAAGGAGCGGGAACGCAGGGAGAAGGAGCGAGAGGAGUGGGAACGCCAGUACAGCCGCCAGAGCCGCUCACCCUCGCCUCGUUACAGUCGAGAAUAUAGCUCCUCCCGAAGGCGCUCGAGGUCCCGGUCUCGAAGCCCCCAUUACCGACAUUAGGCAGGGGCAGGGGCAGGGUGCUAGGCCCAAGCUGUGAUGCUGGUUUCUCUAGUGAAAUAAAGCAGAUGUUAUUUA